GCCGGCAUCGCGACGACGCGGGCCCCGAAGCGCGGUCUCCCGGAGGCGGCCUUGGAGCUCGCGGCUGAGCCGGCGGGAGCAUCAUGGAUACUGACUUGUAUGAUGAAUUUGGGAAUUAUAUUGGACCAGAGCUUGAUUCUGAUGAAGAUGAUGAUGAAUUGGGAAGAGAAACCAAAGAUCUUGAUGAGAUGGAUGAUGAGGAGGAUGAGGAUGACGUAGGGGAGCACGACGAUGACCACCCAGGGAUGGAAGUGGUGCUGCAUGAGGACAAGAAGUACUACCCCACCGCUGAGGAAGUGUACGGUCCCGAGGUGGAGACCAUAGUUCAGGAGGAAGACACACAGCCCCUCACAGAGCCCAUUAUUAAGCCAGUGAAAACCAAGAAAUUCACUCUGAUGGAGCAGACAUUACCUGUCACGGUGUAUGAGAUGGACUUCUUGGCGGAUCUGAUGGAUAACUCAGAGCUCAUCCGAAAUGUGACCCUUUGUGGCCAUCUCCAUCAUGGCAAGACCUGUUUUGUAGAUUGUUUAAUAGAGCAGACACACCCGGAAAUCAGAAAGCGCUAUGACCAAGAUCUGUGCUAUACUGACAUCCUCUUCACAGAGCAAGAGAGAGGUGUUGGUAUUAAGAGCACUCCUGUGACUGUGGUCCUGCCGGAUACCAAAGGGAAAUCUUACCUCUUCAACAUCAUGGACACGCCAGGACAUGUGAAUUUUUCUGAUGAGGUUACAGCUGGCUUGCGAAUAUCAGAUGGAGUGGUCUUAUUCAUUGAUGCUGCUGAAGGGGUGAUGCUGAACACAGAGCGGCUGAUCAAGCAUGCGGUACAGGAAAGGCUGGCAGUCACUGUGUGCAUCAACAAAAUUGACCGGUUGAUCCUGGAGCUGAAGCUGCCUCCAACUGAUGCUUAUUAUAAGCUGCGCCACAUCGUGGAUGAGGUCAAUGGAUUAAUAAGCAUGUAUUCCACUGAUGAGAACCUGAUCCUCUCCCCGCUCCUGGGCAACGUCUGCUUCUCCAGUUCCCAGUACAGCAUCUGCUUCACACUGGGCUCCUUUGCCAAGAUCUAUGCUGACACCUUUGGUGACAUUAAUUACCAGGAAUUUGCCAAAAGACUCUGGGGUGACAUUUACUUCAACCCUAAGACGCGAAAGUUCACCAAAAAGGCCCCAACCAGCAGCUCCCAGAGGAGUUUCGUGGAGUUUAUCUUAGAGCCUCUUUAUAAGAUCCUUGCUCAGGUUGUGGGGGAUGUGGACACCAGCCUCCCAAGGACCUUGGAUGAGCUUGGUAUCCACCUGACCAAGGAGGAACUAAAGCUGAACAUCCGCCCCCUGCUCCGGCUGGUCUGCAAAAAGUUCUUUGGCGAGUUCACAGGCUUUGUGGACAUGUGUGUACAACACAUCCCUUCUCCAAAGGUGGGUGCCAAGCCCAAAAUAGAGCAUACCUACACUGGUGGUGUGGACUCCGACCUCGGCGAGGCCAUGAGUGACUGUGACCCUGAUGGUCCCCUGAUGUGCCACACUACUAAGAUGUACAGCACAGAUGACGGAGUUCAGUUUCAUGCCUUUGGCCGGGUGUUGAGUGGCACCAUACAUGCUGGGCAACCUGUGAAGGUACUGGGAGAGAACUACACCUUGGAGGACGAGGAAGACUCCCAGAUAUGCACCGUGGGUCGCCUUUGGAUCUCUGUGGCCAGGUACCACAUUGAGGUGAACCGGGUUCCUGCUGGCAACUGGGUUCUUAUUGAAGGUGUUGAUCAACCAAUCGUGAAGACUGCAACCAUUACUGAACCCCGAGGCAACGAGGAGGCUCAGAUUUUCCGACCCUUGAAGUUCAAUACUACAUCUGUGAUCAAGAUUGCUGUGGAGCCAGUGAACCCUUCAGAGCUGCCCAAGAUGCUUGACGGCCUGCGCAAGGUCAACAAGAGCUAUCCAUCCCUCACCACCAAGGUAGAAGAGUCUGGCGAGCAUGUGAUCCUGGGGACUGGCGAGCUAUACCUGGACUGUGUGAUGCACGAUCUACGGAAGAUGUAUUCAGAGAUAGACAUCAAGGUGGCUGACCCAGUUGUCACAUUUUGUGAGACAGUGGUGGAAACAUCUUCCCUCAAGUGCUUUGCUGAGACACCCAAUAAGAAGAACAAGAUCACCAUGAUUGCUGAGCCUCUUGAGAAGGGCCUUGCUGAAGACAUAGAGAAUGAGGUGGUCCAGAUCACCUGGAACAGGAAGAAACUGGGAGAGUUCUUCCAAACCAAGUACGACUGGGAUCUGCUGGCUGCCCGUUCCAUCUGGGCUUUUGGCCCUGAUGCCACAGGCCCCAACAUCCUCGUGGAUGAUACACUGCCCUCGGAGGUGGACAAGGCUCUUCUUGGGUCAGUGAAGGACAGCAUCGUUCAAGGUUUCCAGUGGGGAACCAGGGAAGGGCCCCUCUGUGAUGAGUUGAUUCGGAAUGUCAAAUUUAAGAUCCUGGAUGCAGUAGUUGCCCAGGAACCCCUGCACCGGGGCGGAGGCCAGAUCAUCCCCACAGCCAGGAGAGUUGUCUAUUCCGCCUUCCUCAUGGCCACACCUCGCCUGAUGGAACCUUACUAUUUUGUAGAGGUUCAGGCACCUGCAGAUUGUGUAUCUGCUGUUUACACUGUCCUGGCCAGGCGCAGGGGUCAUGUGACUCAGGAUGCACCCAUCCCAGGCUCCCCUCUGUACACCAUCAAAGCUUUCAUCCCAGCCAUCGACUCUUUCGGCUUUGAGACUGACCUCCGCACUCAUACCCAGGGACAGGCCUUUUCCCUGUCUGUCUUCCACCAUUGGCAGAUUGUCCCUGGGGAUCCUUUGGACAAGAGCAUUGUCAUCCGUCCCUUGGAGCCACAGCCAGCUCCUCACCUAGCCCGGGAGUUCAUGAUCAAAACCCGUCGUAGGAAGGGCCUGAGUGAGGAUGUGAGCAUCAGCAAGUUCUUUGAUGAUCCUAUGUUGCUGGAGCUGGCCAAACAGGAUGUUGUGCUCAAUUACCCUAUGUGAGUACAAGAGACCGCCACCCGUGCUCACGAUGUGCUGCAGCUCUGGACUCGAGCUGGGACCUGUGUAACUUGGCCUUCAUGCUGUGAGGGUGUCUGGGGACUACUACAGCCAUCUUGAACAACCCAGAACCUCCAACCCAGAGUCCCAGUGAGAAAGGGGCAGCUGGCUUCCUGGUUCCUUCUGUGACCUCUGCCUGGCUCCAUUCCCAAGGAACAGAAAGGAGCUUGGGUCCAGGGGGAAAGAAUGAGAAUGGGAUGAAAGUGUCUGAUCCCAAGGGGCGCUGUCUUGAGGAUUUAUAUGGAAUUUUAUUUCUUACAAGUUCAAACUUAGCCAUGGUUUGUAAAUGAACAGAACAUUCUGA